GUAGCCGCUGACCGUCUGAUUCCCUUCAGCCCACAGAUAAAUGUCUCCCCGCCUCCCAACGGCCCAAACGUUUUACACCCCUUUGAUCUCUCCUUCUCUUUCUUGAUUUCUUCAUACAUCACAAUCUCUCUCUCCCUCUCCCUCUCUGUCUGCCUGUCUGUUGUGUUUAUGUAGCCUCCAUUAAAACAAAUUCCUAUUUCCCACCCUUAUCUUCUUCCCGCUUUUCACUUUUGGGUUUUCGUUUCCUCAUUCUAAAUGCGUUUUUGUGGGUUCCUGCUGUGACAUCUUUUUCUGCAUUUUUUUUACUGCUUUCUGGAGUGUAUGCGAUCAUGGAUCUGAAUGAGCAAAUGGGAUCAAAAGAACCGGAUAGCCCUUCUCCCCAGGUUAAGAGUUGCAGUGAUUGUCACACCACCAGAACGCCGCUCUGGCGUGGCGGUCCGGCUGGUCCCAAGUCGCUUUGUAACGCGUGCGGGAUCAAGUACAACAAGAAGAGGAGGCAGAUGCUAGGGUUGGACCGGGGGAGGAACGAGAAGGGCAAGAAGAGGAGGAAGAGCGGCGGCGGCGGCGGAGACGGCGCCGUUAGCAGCGGCGGGAGCACCGAGACAGCCAAGUCGCUGAGGAUGCGGUGGAUGGCAUUGGAAGGAGAGACGGCGUUACGGAGAUCGGAAAAGCUGUUGAGUCAGUUGCGAGAGGAGGAACAGGCGGCGAUACUUUUGAUGGCUCUCUCUUACGGCUCCGUUUACGCCUAGGCCCGCCCCGCUCCGAACACCAAACCCUAACCCCCAUCCCCAUACAACCAACCAUUUUCCCUGUCCCCCGUACCCGUUGUAGGCAGUAAAAACCUCUAGGAUUACUAAUCGAUUGACUCCAUUGUUAACCCUCAAGCUUAGUGCUGCAAUUGUAAGAUCUUUGUUAUAAGAAAUGCAAGAAGUAGAAGAAGAUGAUGCUGUAAUAACCGACGGAGCAUUCAUUUUCUGUUUUAGUAAUGCGAUCUAAUCUUGAAUUUGUUGAUUUUUUUUCC